CUUAUUGGUGUCAAGAGGCUCUGAAUGAUAAGGAUGAAGUCUUUUCCUCUGCAGGGGGCCAGUUCAACAGCAUGGCCCGCUGGGUGCAGGAGGACAAUGAGACCGGGAUCUACUAUGAGACAUGGACGGUUCUGUCUGACCCCAGCCCCAACGCAUCGGUGUGGUUUGAGUCGUACGACUGUUCCCAGUUUGUCCACCGCACCUACAGGAAGCUGAGGGAGCUGGGAGCCAAACUGUCCAGCCGAUCGCAGACCAACUACACCAAGAUCUACUUGUACAGCGGAGAGCCCACGUACCUCGGCAACGACAGCGCCAUCUUCGGACAGCCCGCCCUGAAAAACCUGGCGGUGGACAUCCGUGAGUUUUACCACCAUUUCAGGCCGCACCAGUCCUUUGUCGACCUGGCUUUCAGCCUGCUGGAGGCCUACAAGAAGAUUGUGCUGGACAAGAGCUUCUACCUCUACUACAACUAUGAGUACUGGCACCUGCCAAUGAAACCUCCGUACAUGAGAAUCACAUACGAAGAGGUGCCUUUACCUUAACAGCCUACUUGAAUUUUUAUUAUUGUCCACCAGCAAAAUGCAGGCGAUGACGUUUAUAUGAUUUUUGUAAAUGGACUGAAACUGAACUAAGUGCCUUUCUAGUUGAACCAGGACACUCAAAGCAUUUUACAAUCUGUGCCCUAAUUUCAAAUUCAAUCCAAAUUCAGAAUUUAACUCAAAAUCUUCUAACCUGCAAAGCCCUCAACAACCUAGCUCCACCUUAUAUUACAGAUCUUGUUCUAUAUUUUCCUAAUAGCA